GAGCUGGCCCCCUACCUGCCCCCAGCUUCCCAGAGUGCAGCAGAGGAACGAGAGGGAAAGUCCAUCUUCCCCAGCACAGCCCUACCAUCCACCUCAGUCGACUGCUUGUCAAUUUCACUACCAACAGAAAGGGGCCUACAUAUCCACAGAAGAAAUGUCAAGUGAUAAGUCCAGUGACACUAAGAAUGAUCUCAAGAAUUGUGAUUCCAGCUGUCUAAAGAAGCUACAACGCUGCUCUGAAAAUUGUACACUAGACAUGUGCCCAGCACCACCAACGUGUCCUCCAUGUCCCCUAGUGCCCUCUGUGACGCGUGUUUCUGCACCAAGUUCCCCACUGUGUCCCCCAUUGUGCACCCCAAAAUGCUCCUGUCCAUGUUCACCAUGCUCAUGUCCCCCAUCAUGUCCACCAUGCUCAUGCCCCCCAUCAUGUCCACCAUGCUCCUGCCCUCCGUCAUGUCCACCAUGCUCAUGCCCCCCGUCAUGUCCACCAUGCUCAUGCCCCCCGUCAUGUCCACCAUCAUGCCCCGACAAGUUGUGCGUUAAGCCUUGCCCUCCCAAGAGCCCCUCUCCAAGCCCACCUCCAAAGUGAGGCACCAUGAACAACAUCAAGCCUCACCAUCACUGGCAUACAUUACCACCUACAAUGUUGUGGGGCUGGACGUCAAACCAUGAACUGACAAAGACCUUCCUCUGCUGUGGAACGCUUCUGUCACCUUGGAGGACUUGCUUUUGUGGUGGUUGUUACACAGUAUUCUGCCAAGAAGCAAUCCGUGAGAGUGAUAGCUUUGAGGACCCCACAGCCUCUGCCUGUCACUUAGGGGAAGGUACCUUUCCAAAGAAUGCCAAGUCCUGCUAGGGCAAUGCAUGAUACCAACCUCACCACCACUGGCCUCCAUUACGACCUACAACAUUGAGGGGCUAGAAGUGAAACCAUGAACUGACAAGUAAACACGUUCCUCUGCUGUGCAAGAC